AAUCUGUUAGUGCUAGAUGUUCUAUUUAUAUCUAAGCAACUUCCCUAAAUUUUUCCAGUAGUCUCGCAAACAUGUCCCCUUGUAGAGCUCCUGAAAUGUUUUUAUUUCUCUUUUACUUGAAUUUCUACGCGGUGUUUUGGGCAGAAGCUGGCCUGACUGGAGGAUGCAGGACAACUUGGAGCCCACCUGUUGGAGUUGAAGACCCUCCAGCUUACACUGGCGAAAUCAUCGUAAAUGGCAAAGUUUAUUUCUUGGACAGCUCAGAGUUUACUUGGUAUACGGCGACGGACUAUUGCCACGCCAUGAAUAUGUCUCUGGUUUCGUUUGAAACCCAAGAGGAGCAGCGCUACUUAAACGAGUGGUUCCAGAACAGUAACCACACGGGCACCUCGCAAAUACCGAUAUGGUCAAGCGGGAGUAGGAAAUCAAUGGACAGCAGAUGGUUUUGGGCCUCUACCGGGGAGGACAUUACCGAUUUCAAUUGGAUCCCAAACGAUUAUCCUCAGUUAGACGACACAGAGCACGCCUGUGUGGUUUUCCUCGAACCCUCCGGUGGUUGGAUGGACUUGUUGUGCGAGGAUCUGAAUUCAAAUUACCCUGCUGUGUUGUGUGAAUGAUUAUUACGUAUUUUGGGGUUAAUUAAACAUAAUUAUAUGUAA